ACUCUCCCACUUGAUCUGUUACUAGGACAACCACAUGCUUUCUUUGAUCAAAUUUCAAAGGUUGUUCGUGAUGAAUUAUCUAAUGAUCUGGAGCAAUAUACAAAUAGAAUUCAGGAUGCAUUAAAAAAAGCAAUAAACAGGUUUAUUGGUGAAUGCAAAGAUCAGAAAUGUAUUAAGUCUCCACAACAAUUUCUUCUGCAAAUAGUGGCAAUACCUGCAGUCAGUGUUAUUAUUGGUGAAGAUUUAUCAAAUGAUGAAGAACUCAUCAAUACCUUUGCUAAUUUAACAAGAGACAUUAUUCCAGCAAUUUCAUUGCCUCCGGUCUUAAAUUUUAUUCAUCCUUCCCUUCAUGCUAAAUUUUUUGCAAUUAUACAAGUUAUCAAACAAUAUGAGCAUAAAAAAAGAGAAUUUAAACCUCCGUAUGGUGCCCGUCCUGAAUUUUGGAAAGAAUUGCUUGAAGAAAAUGAAAGAAUUUCAUGCGAAAUUGAAGAUGGAUAUUUGACUCGUCAAGAUGUAAAAAAAAUGAUUAAAUUAGAUAGCUUUAUAAGAGAAACUUUAAGAAUUUGGCAACCAAUUGGUAAAAUUCUUUUAAUACUAUUAUUCUGUUGUUAA